UAUUGUGCAGUGGAGCCAAGAAGGGAAGGAGGGGCGAGCAGUUCAGAAGCAAAGGCAAGGGUGUUUAGGCUGAGAGAACUGGAGCAUGCCACCAAGCAUUUUGAUGAGUCUCAUCUCAUUGGCUAUGGAAGCUUUGGUAUGGUUUUUAAAGGCCUGCUUUAUGAUGGAACCAUCGUGGCUAUCAAAAGGCGCUUGGCCGCUCCCCGGCAACAAUUCACUGAAGAGGUGGUUCAUAUGUCAAUGGUGCACCAUAGGAACUUGGUGAGGCUUCUUGGAUACUGUCAAGAGAGUGGCUACCAAAUGCUAGUCUUUGAGUACUUGCCCAAUGGCAGCAUGCGCAAACACUUGUAUGAGACGGGAAUGGAUUCACAGUCGACCAAGCUAGAAUUCAAGCAAAGGCUUUCGAUCGCUAGUGGAGCAGCAAAAGGUUUGUGUCAUUUGCACAGCCAACAGCCCCCAAUUUUGCAUGGCAACUUCAAGACAACUAAUGUGUUGGUUGAUGAGAACUUCAUUGCCAAAGUUUCAGGCGCAGGGGUGUCAAGGCUACUCGAGACGAUAGACGAUGCAGGGCCUUCCCAUUCGGUAAAUCGGGCAAGUGUAUUCAGAGAUCCAGGUGUGGAUCAAAGCACUCUGUUGUGUGAGGCAUGCGACGUUUACAGCUUUGGGGUGUUCCUUUGGGAACUAAUAACAGGAAGAGAGGCUUCACAUAUAGGUGGCUUGGGAUCAAAUGAACGUUUGCUUCAGUGGGUAUGUAAGAGAAUUUGAUUUUUUCAUUGAUAACGACUUUAAUUCUGACUAAUACAUAUAUUAUCAUUAAAGAAUUUAAUUAAGGAUGUCCAUCCAUAUGAAUUGUUAGUUAACCAAAUUAAUAAGCAUGUCAUGCAUGACUGGAACUACACACAGUUCAAAAAUGAAGGUAGAAAACAAUAGAACAAGAACACAUAAGCUCUCAUCUUUUUCAUUCCAAAUCAAAGGUAGAAACACAUUUGAACGAGAACGAUUUGGUGGAUCGACGGCUGUCAAGGAGUUUCACCAUGGAGGGAAUGGGGGAUUUCAUCAAACUAGCCAUGAGAUGCACAAGUUUUCCAAGUAAACAAAGACCUGCCAUGGAAGUGGUGGUUGUGGAACUAGACAAAAUUCUUGAUAAGGAGAUCAUGCAUACAACAUUCAUGGGAGAGGGCACUACCACUGUAACUCUAGGCAGUCAACUAUUUACAAAUUAAUUAACAGUAGUAUUUAUAUGUGUAUGAUUUCGAGAUUUACCACGAAAAGUAUCUUACAUAGGAGCUAAAUUGAUCUCAAUUAAUGUCAGCACUUCAAUAUGUAUGUAUUAAUUUUCAUUUAUUAAAGAAAUGUAUAUCUUCAUCACGCUGGCUCAAUAUCGACCUAAGAACCCACACAUGUUUUCAAGUGUUCUUGAUGGAAUUGAUUAACAUAUGAAAAAGGACUAUACAUUUGUAACCAUAAAGCAUUGAAG